UUUGUAGAAUAUAAACAAGAUAGAUACAUUAUCUGUUUUAUUGAUAAUUAUAUGUCUUGGUUUCAAACAAUUUAACUAUGCCAUCCUCUCAAAAGGAAUUUUAGCUGUGACUGUUUAAUCCCGCUUUGUAUCUACCCUUUUUGUAGACACAAUUGUAUUUUUAUUAUAGGUUUGUUUAUUUGUUUCUAUUUCUUUAGCUACACUGUAUAAUCAAACGUUUGGUCCUACCUAUAGAGAAUGACUCUAAGAGAUGGCAAUAUUAAAGCUAUUUCUGGCAAAUGUAUUGAGGGAAGAAGUGUAUGUUCUGUUAUCUAAAUGUGUUAAUAUAGUUAAAGUGAUAAUAAAGUUUUCAAAAAAAUACAAGUUGAUUACAAUGCUCUAUAAGGGUCUGGAUUAAAAUCUUAUCACGUUUAUUAUUUUGCUUAUGGUAUUGUUUGUAAAGCAAAGCCAAGUUAUUUCAAUGGUGGAAAGGGAGGGUAACACUUUCAUAAUAGUUCUUACUGAUGAUGUGCACACAUGUUGGUGGGGAGAGUGAGGGAGGGGGAAUGUACUCAGAAUGGGCAUCUUUGGCAAAUAUUGUUCGACAUGAGAGCGCAGAUCGUGAAUCUGUCCUCAACAAGUUUCCCGUUGAGAGUGGAAAAGAUGUCGCACUCAUUAUUGUCAAAGAUCUAAUAAAGAACAUUGGAUUGACGCAGGCUCCAGUGCCCAGUCCCUUGGUCUCCGACAAGGAUGUCCAGUGGUGCAUGGAGGUUAUUUGUUAUGGCCUGAGCCUGCCGUUGGUCGAACAUGAUGCGAUUCGUGACUGCGUCCACAUUUACUGCGACUGGCUCACAGUCCUCCAUCCCUCACCUACAACAAGUGUCCCCAAACCUCUUCUGGAUGAUCCAAACCUCUAUGCAAGGAAAAUUAUCGCUCAUCUGCACAAUCUUUUCAUUCCAAGAAAAGGAGAAGUCUGGCCUUUCCUGUAUUCGGAUCUUGGUGCUGACACAAUUAAAAGACAGGCUGUUUUAUGCCACAGGGUUUUGAGGACCCUGCAGCAAGCAGCACAUUGCUCAACCAUCAUGUCCCAUGAGACUUGGGAAGCACUACUGAUCUUCAUGCUCGCUAUUAAUGAAACUUUACUUGCUACUCCAACUACAAAAGAUGAUGUUGGAGAUCAGCUGUGUGAAAGGGUGCUCUCAGUUUUGUUUGAAGUUUGGCUCAUAGCAUGUGGAAAAAGCUUUCCGUCUCCUCCACUCUGGCGGACCCUCAGGGAAAUGGCAAUGACAUGGAGACAUCGUGGUGCUUUGAUCUCGACUUGGGCAAAAGUCUGCUUGGCGUUGACACACCGUCUCAUUGGGAUCAUGUUCCCACCAAACUUUCCGAAACACCAGUAUUAUGAAAAUGAUAGUUGGACAGUUCCAAAUGACUUGACCGAUGAAACAGUCGCACAGGUCUGGUUUCGUUUGUUGCACACUCUUGGAUCUCCGGUUGAUCUUUGCCGACCACAAGUCAUAUCACAAACACCUAAGUUUCUCCAGUAUGCGAUGGUUCUUGACAUGGACCCCAGUUCGCACCCUUGUCUCACAGUGCUCCCUAUAAAUUUCUUAAUCGCUAUUAAAGGAAUUUCAAAUAUUGUAGAUGCUUUCUUAGGUGUAAUGAGUGAACAGCUAGUUUUGACAGAAGAGGAUCAAAAAAAGGAGAUACCAACACCACCUCCUCAUCGAAGGCCUGCCAAAAGCUUCAGUGUUUCUUCUGUCUCCCAUAAAGGAUCUAAAAGUAGUGCAGCUUUGAUAGGAGUGAGUGGCAGGGCUUUAAGUGCCUCCAGUGCAAGUAGCAGCUCUACUUCAUCUAUAACUACUAUCAGUGGCUCUUGGGACAUUAGCUCUAUCUCAGCACAUAUCCUGGCCCCAGGUAGACCCAAGUGCAACAGCAUCCUUCAUUUGUUCGGUGAGUGGUUAUUCGAAGCUGCACAAACUGGAACAGGCCUGUACGCUAAUCCUAACUUAUCACGGGAAAAUAAUAGCAGACAAAGCGGAUCAUUGAGUUCUGGACAGAAUGACAGCCUUGAAUCGGAGACGAGCAUUUCCCUGAUGACAAGUCGUUAUCAAGCUGGACGUGCCACUGCCUUGGCUUCACUCUGUAGAAUAUUCUGCUCAAAGAAAACAGGCGAACAGAUCUUGCCUGUCUACUAUGCCAGGUUCUACUUAGUUCUGCUCCACGGAUUAAAACUCAAUGAUAAAAGGGAUGUUGAAGAGUCUUUAGUAAGCAUUUUGAUGAACAGCGCUGAUCUACUACGCCUGGAUCUAGAUGGUAUACAAAUUUUGGUGCCUCACAUUCUGCAAUCAUUGGAAAGGGUCCUUCCUGAUAAAGAUCUCACCUUAAAGCCAAGCGUAAACAUGUCAGAAUUUAGAAGGGCUUGCAUUAACAUUCUCCUCUCGAUUUUACCAUUACCUUUGCAUUUUCCCAAUUUGGUUGUCAGAGAACUCAUAAGUACACAUAGUGAUAAACCUCAUCUAACAUUUGGACAACUUAAAUCCAGGGUAAUGAACCUGUUGAUAAAUGCUCUUCAAGUUGAAACAGAUCCACACAAUACACAUUUACUACUUGGUGGUUUACUAGUUAUGGUACAAGAUGCAGCUUCCAUUGAACGACUUAUGGGAGAAAAUCAAUUACCACAACUGACUAGUUACAGCUCAAGCUCAUCAGAUUCUGCUAACAGUUUAUUUGUGAAAGCGACUUAUUUAGUAUGCCAUCGACUGAUUUCAUCAUGGAAAGGUGAUUUGGGUAUAUCUCUAGCUGCAUUGGAGCUCUUGUGUGGCUUAGCCAACUCAGGGAUAAAAGAUAUCGAUCACGUCGAAUGGGAAAGGGGUAUGAAGUGGGUGUGCGACUAUAUUGUUUACCAGUGCUGGAGGCCUCCACAAGCACACAGCAAGGAUUUGCACUCAUCGGUAGUCGCAGCUUUUACAACUGUCUCGGUUUGGAUUAUGGCACAGCCGAGUUUACUUCAAAAUAAGCAGUGUUUACACAAUGUGCUCGAAGUCGUUGAGCUAGGUUUAUCUGGCUCCAAAUCACAAGGAAAAAGAAGGGAUGAACCGAUAAAAAUGAAAGAUGAAAAGGAAUUGAAGCCAGUCUCAAUGAGGGUGAGAGAUGCUGCAGAGUCAUUACUGACCACAAUCCUUGAACAUGCUGGACAUUUCCCAACCAUGUGUGGGCCUGAGUCUAUAUCGACCCUGGUCGAUGAAAACAUCCUUUUGAGACAAUGCUCUACAAAAUCAGCCUCAUCUUUUAAGUACUUUGUUCUACACAACACAAUCCUCAUGGCACUGCUAGAUGACCCUCUAGAAAAUCACGAAGAGCCCCGCCCGGUGGUAAAUGUGAUAUUAAGAGGUGGGUUUGGGCGCCAUGCUUGGAGUUUCCAGCUGAGGCAGCUACCGAGACAUAGAUCUAAUGCUUCUCGUGGUAAAGGCCAGUCAGGGCCUGGGAGGCCAGUAUUUUUAAACACAAACCCACAGGUACAGAGAGUGCAACACAAAUUUUUCCCUGAUAGUAUCAAUAAGAUACCUCGAUGUGCUGUUGAGCACAGUAUUCCUGUCCUGGAUGGUGAUGUGUCUGAAAUAAGUCAUCUUUUAAAACAACAAAAAGAAUUGGAAACAGAGGCUCGUUUAAUGGCUGAAAAUGUGAAAAAGAAUUCCCAAGAAUGCCAUCCACCAAGGGUUUGUGGCGAGUUUCAAACAACUAGACUGUUUCUAUCACAUUUUGGCUUCCUUCACAAACUUGAAGGGGGGAAAUGCUCUUUGUUGGCUUUGGACUCAAAAAAAGAUGGGUUCUUCAAGGAUGUGGAAAUGCUGGACAGAAUGGAACCGCGCACGAGUGAUACUUGUCAUGUUUUUUAUGUGAGAGCUGGGCAAUCUCAUUACCAAGAUAUAUUAGCAAAUGUUGAAUCAAAUUGCCUGGUUUCAAAUAGUUUUCUGCAAGUGCUCAAAACAUUUGGCUCACCAAAGAAAGUUACAGGCUCAAGUCAAGAUGUAGAGGGAGGAAGUGGAGGAGGGUGGUUUUCUGGGCAUAAGCAUGUUCUUUACUGGGCAGACUCUAUGUCACAGGUUACCUUCAUUGUCCCAACUCUGCAGCCCCUACCAAAAGUCCGACACCAGCAAAUAGGAAAUGAAGAUAAGGCAAAAAGGCAGCUGACCACGUAUCCAGUGUUCAUUGUAUGGUUAGAAAAUAUUGAGGAUCAUAUAGAUUUUCCUCUAGAAGAAAUGAUAAAUCACACUGGUUGUGGUCAAGAAGGAUGGUCUUCUCAAAAUUGCACCAUUAUAUUUAUUCAUGCACUACAGAGUGGCUUAUUUAGAAUCAAACUACAACCGUCUACCAAUAGACCGACUGUCGCUACACCGCUUGUUGAUGGUAUAGUCGUUGGUAAAAACAAAGUAGGAGCAUUCAUAAGGCAAACAGCACUAAACAUCUGUCGACGGAAAAGGCUUGACAAUGAAAGCUACCAACCUCCACACACUAGGCGGAGGCUCAAAAUCCAAGAAAUUUCAACAAAAUAUGAACUAAAAGACUCAAGGGCUGGCCUCCUUACAAGUCUUUUUCAGUGAUAUUGACAUUCCAAAGUUAUUCAACUUUUCUUAAAUCAGACUGCACGUGUAAAUAUAUUUUUAACAAUAAAAGAAAUCUGCAUUUCUUUGUGAUAAAAGUUAUUUAUUUGAAUUUUUUUUAAUU